CACGCUCAGUGAAGCGCGUGCAGUGUUUGGGGUGCCUGAACUCCCAUUUAGUACUGUGAUUAGCCUACUCACCAAUCAAUCCAAAUACAAAAGCAAGCAUCACAUAUGCAAUAGGAAAAGGAAAGAGGGCAGAAUAGAACAGCAAAACCCUCCGGAAAAAGGUAAAAUCAACGCCAAGCCAUCAGAAUUGAACAUUGGAAAAAUCAAAACUCAAAAAUCAAAACCCUCAAUUCAUCAGAUUCAACCAUGGAAGAGGAACCCUCCUCAGCCCCACCUCCACCCCCACCCAUUCAAGGAAACUCCAGUUGCUCCGUGAUACUCCUCAAGCUCAUGAGCAAAAGAAGAACUUGGGUCUGCCUCUUCGUCUCUGUCUACACGAUUCUCCUUUCCCUUUCAUGGAACCUCCUCAAAUCCGUCCUCUUGUGGUACGAAUUUGAAUCCUCCGCCUCCUCCUCAUCUAGGUGGCCGGCGUUGUACGCAUCAGUUCUUCUGGGCGUGUCUUUCGGCGUCCUUUCGAUGGUGGCGGCGCUGGCGGUGGCCGUUCCUGCCACCCUCGUGACUUGGAUAACCGUGCUUGUUCUCUUGACUUUCUGCGGGAAGCCCAGAAAGACACUGGUUCUGGAGGGGAAGAAAUUGACGGCCGAGAUUACUGGGUUCGUGGUCAAGGUCUUGAUCAAAGAAGGGAACGUUGUGGCUGCGGUUUGCGCUGUUCUUGGAUACUUUGCGCUCGUCAGAAAGAACAGGGAAAGUGGUGGGCUCGUUGAUUUUGAGUAGAACAAAGCAAGAGAUCAGCUUUUUGUUGAUGAAUUUUCAUGCUUUUUUGUGUGUAAUUUACCCUAACUAUUGUGUUUAGGAGCUGUUUUUCUUGGGGUUUUGGUAUAUAUCCUUUCAUCUGUCGCCUCCAACUCACACUGGCUUUGUUGAUUUUGAGCAAAACUGGAAUUUGGGUAGGCAAAAAUGAAUGAGUAGAAUCUUGUAGGCUCUUUGUUGAGCUAUAUUACUGUAUCCAAAGAGCUUAUCUGACUGUAUUAAUCUCUAUGCACAUUAAGUACUUGUUGCUAUAAAUGCAUUUUUGCGUUUUGGUAA